AUGCCGAAGAAUGCCGAAGAACAAACGGAUGAAAAAUAUUUUAAAUAUUUCGAAAGAAAUGUGAAAAAUAAUAAAAAAAUCAACUUUGGCGUUUUUGAAAUUUUAAAUAAAAUUGAAAAUACCAAAGAAGAUAUAAAUUUAAAUUUACCUAAACUCGAAAAAGCUUUAACCAAUUUCGAAACAAAUAUAAAAUACAGAAGUAAAUUAAUUGAAUGUAGUUUAUAUGCAAAAAUUUUACAAUUCACUGCUUUGGAGAUUGAUAAUGAAGAUGAAUUAGAUGAAAGUGAAGUGAGAAAGACUGAUAAAAGAAUUGAAACUGAUAAUUAUUUAAUAGAAAAAGAUUCAAAAAGAAAGAAAGGUUUUCUUAGAAAAGCAACAGAUGCAAUGUUGGGAGAGAAAAAACAAGAUUUAGAUAAAAUAGAUAUUAAAUAUAAAUUACGAAAGGAAUUUUUGUUAAAAUUAGAAGAAAAUUUAGAAAAAUCACAAGAAGGAGAAGUGAAUUUGAAUAUUGAAAAACGUGCCCCAGAUUUUUUGUUUAAAGUAAUUAAUGAUUUCAAAACUGAAUGUAAAUUUGGAGAAUCAACAAAAAAUAUUCUUCGAUAUAUCUCCCGUCAUCUAAAUUUUGUUAAAAAUGAAACUAAAAAAGAGAUUAUAAAAUCCUUAAAUGAAAAAAUAACAAAACAAAAAGAGAAAGUAGAAAAACAUUUUGAGGAUAAAUUGAAAAAAGAAAUAAAUAAACCUUUAACAGAGGAUGAUGCAUUUGAAAGAAAAAAAUGGGAAAGAGUUUCUGAUUUAUUUAAUAAAAGAUUAAAUUUAAAAAAAUAUUUGGGGAGAAUGGCUAAAAGAACAAGGAAAUUUAUAAAAAAUUUAAAAAAUAUCCAAAAUGAAUUGGAUAAUAAAAAUAUACUUUUAAAAGAUUUGAAGAAAUUAAAAAAGUUGAAAAAAUUGGAUAAAAUAAAGAAAAUGUUGGGGGAAUUUAAAAAAGAAGUGAAAGAAGAAGACAAAGCCUAUCGUGAACGUUUUAUCUCAAAAUUCGAAUUUCUUGAGAAAAAUUGGAAAGAAUUGGUGAAAUCAAAUAAACAAUUAAAAAAUUUGGAGAAAGAUGGUUAUUUGAUUAUUGGUUAUUGUUUGGCAAAAAGAUUUCAAGUUAUUUUUAACGAGGAGGGGCAGGCAAAGACAAAAUUUUAUAAGGAAACAGAUUCACAUUUAUUUAAAUAUGCAAGUGAAAUUAAUCAAAUUUUGGGAAAUAAAAGAGUGAAUUUGGAGUAA